UGCCCCGGUGCGAGCGCGGCGGCGGGCGGAGAGAUGAGCGCAGAGUUGGUGAGCAGCGCCCUGGGGCUCGCCCUCUACCUCAACACGUUGGGCGCCGACUUCUGCUACGAUGACAGUCGAGCUAUCAAGACAAACCAGGACCUUCUGCCAGAGACACCCUGGACCCAUAUAUUCUACAAUGACUUCUGGGGAACGCUUCUCACUCACAGUGGGAGCCACAAGUCAUACAGACCUCUCUGCACUCUCUCCUUCCGCAUCAACCAUGCCAUCGGAGGAAUGGAUCCAUGGGGUUACCAUCUUGUAAACAUCCUGUUGCAUGCUGCAGUCACAGGCCUUUUCACAAACUUCUCCAGGAUCCUCUUCGGGGAUGGGUACUGGACCUUGAUAGCUGGUUUGCUGUUUGCGUCUCAUCCGAUCCACACCGAAGCCGUAGCGGGGAUAGUGGGGAGGGCAGACAUUGGAGCCUGCCUCUUCUUUUUGCUUUCCCUGAUGUGUUACGUGAAGCAUUGCUCUACAAGAAGUUCCUCAGCUAGAACUUGGGGCUGGAUCUUGGGAGCAGGACUUUGUGCUGGAUGCAGCAUGCUGUGGAAGGAGCAAGGAGUGACUGUACUGGCAAUUUCAGCAGUGUACGAUAUCUUUGUAUUUCAUCGGCUGAAAAUGCAUCAGAUCAUUCCUGCUUUAUACAAGAGGAAGAAUUUGAACCUUUUCUUCAGCAUUGGUUUAUUGACCUCCUGGGGGACUGCACUGCUGGGUAUCCGCUUAUACUGGAUGGGCAACAAGCCCCCAAGUUUUUCCAACUCUGACAAUCCAGCAGCUGAUUCAGACAGUUUUCUCACACGAAUGCUGACCUUCCUUUACUUGCCAACAAAGAACCUCUGGCUGUUGUUCUGCCCAGACACCCUCAGCUUUGACUGGUCAAUGGAUGCUGUGCCUCUUCUGAAGGCAGUCAGCGACUGGAGAAAUCUACACACUGUGGCCUUCUAUGCUGGACUUUUCCUCCUCGCCUACUUCAGCUUGAAGGGCUCCAGCAAUGAAAGAGAAUGCAAUGGGAAAAGUGUAAUGAAUGGCAAGCAGAAUGCUAAUGGGCAUAGCUGUCACUCUGAAAUGGAAUAUAAGACACUGGAGGGGAAGUCAAGUUUUGCAUCAAAGGAAGAGAAUGGCAUAAAAAAGCAUGAAAUCCUGAAACUACAGCUUCCUUCAACUGAGAACAUUGUCAUUCUGUCUCUGUCUUUGUUAAUAGUGCCCUUUAUUCCUGCCACAAACCUAUUUUUCUAUGUUGGCUUUGUAAUAGCAGAGCGUGUGCUGUAUGUUCCUAGUAUGGGCUUCUGCCUGCUGGUUACUGUAGGUGUCAGAGCCCUUUAUGUCAAAACCCAAAAACGCUUUCUGAAGAACUUGGUUUUUUGUUCCACUGCUGCAUUGAUUGUUUUCUAUGGACUCAAGACUGUUGUCAGAAAUGGGGACUGGCAGAAUGAGGAGAUGCUGUAUAGGUCAGGAAUAAAAGUAAACCCUGCUAAAGCAUGGGGUAACCUUGGAAAUGUUCUCAAGAGCCAGAGUAAGAUUUCUGAAGCUGAAAGCGCCUACAGAAAUGCCUUGUACUAUCGCAGCAACAUGGCUGAUAUGCUCUAUAAUUUAGGAUUACUUCUUCAAGAGAACAACAGGUUUUCAGAGGCAUUGCAUUACUAUAAACUGGCUAUUGGUAGCAGACCCACAUUAGCUUCUGCCUAUUUAAAUACUGGCAUCAUCCUGAUGAACCAAGGGAAGACAGAGGAAGCCAGGAGGACAUUCCUAAAGUGUUCAGAGAUCCCUGAUGAAAAUUUGAAAGAUCCUCAUGCUCAUAAAAGCUCUGUUACUAGUUGUCUUUAUAAUUUAGGAAAACUUUUUCAUGAACAAGGACACUAUGAGGAUGCCCUAACUGUUUACAAAGAAGCAAUACAGAAAAUGCCAAGGCAGUUUGCACCACAGAGCUUAUACAACAUGAUGGGAGAAGCCUAUAUGAGAAUGAGCCGUCUGCCAGAAGCAGAGCACUGGUAUGUGGAGUCACUGCGAUCCAAGAGCGACCACAUCCCUGCACAUCUCACCUAUGGAAAGCUUCUGGCUCUGACGGGACGCAAGAGUGAGGCAGAGAAGUACUUCGUGAAGGCAAUUCAGCUGGAUCCUACCAAAGGAAACUGCUAUAUGCAUUAUGGUCAAUUCCUGCUAGAGGAAUCCCGUCUGAUCGAAGCAGCUGAGAUGGCAAAGAAGGCAGCUGAACUUGAUAAUACAGAAUUUGAUGUUGUUUUCAACGCUGCCCAUAUGCUCAGACAAGCCAGUCUUAAUGAAGAAGCUGAGAAGUACUAUGAACUGGCAGCAGGAUUAAGACCUAAUUAUCCAGCUGCCUUAAUGAAUCUUGGAGCCAUUCUCCAUCUGAAUGGUAAACUGAAAGAGGCUGAAGAAAACUACCUCCUUGCUCUUCAACUUAAACCUGAUGAUGUCAUCACUCAGUCCAAUCUUCGCAAAUUGUGGAACAUCAUGGAGAAACAAGGUUUAAAGACAUCCAAGACAUGAUGUGGAAAACUCUAAGCUUUUUUUCUUAAAUUGGUUUAUAACUAGAAUUUUCAUACAGUUGUCUGAACAGAGAACUCAUCAGACUUGGCUGCAAGGAUCGGAAGUCUUGAUUGCUGCUAGGAGAAGCUAUUCUGCUUUUUGCCUUUUUUGUUGUUACUAUUAGAUUAAAAAAAAAAAAAAAGAAAAACAAACAAAACAAAACAAAAAAAAAACAGAAAGGGAGAUGGAGAUAUUCAUGAAGGACUUCAAUGUUAGCCUACAAAAAGAUUUAGAACCACAGAACUUGAAAGAGGGUGUCCUGGCCUAUUUGAAAAAUCAUUGCAAAUUCCGUAUUGCUCACUUCUGUGAAAGGUAUACUGUCCUAGAAACACUAAUGGAAAUUUGUACAGUAUACACUAAAUCAUAUGGGAGUGAAAGUGGGUACUAAUAACUCAUUAAAAUACUGUAACUCAUUAAAAUGUGUACUAAAUCUGGCGUGUUUGCAGUUUGUCUUAAUGCUGCUGAAUCUCACUUUAAGACCACUUGUUUACCAAUUCACAGCUUAUAAGGCCAAUUUUUAUCUUUCUAAAACCUGUUGUGUUUAGAUGGUGGCAUUCAAAUUUUUUUUUUUUGCUGCAAAUAUGCAUAUUAUUUCAACUUACUUUAAGUUUUGUUGCAAUUCUCUGGAAAUACAUGGUGAAAUGGCUGUGGGCUUGACAGAAUGAACAAGCAAUUGCCCAAAUUCUACAUUAUGCAUGUAUGCAGAAUCUGAAAAAAAGAAAAAGACAUGAUGUAGCAGUACAAGUGAGACUGAUGUUUGCCCUGGUAUCAAGUGAAUGUGGUCAGAAUGUCAUCUUAAGAAAAAGAAGAGUGACUGGAUUCUGCAUCCAGUAUUUUUGCAAUAUCUCAUCAAGUGAGAUUUGAAAAUAUUAGUUUGUGCAUAUUCUACACAGACUUCAUGAGCAACUGAGUGAGAAGGGAAUGUUACACGUCUGUGGGACUAGAAAAUAGCUCAAGGGAAUGGAUUAGAUUAUAUCCAAAACAUCAUAGACAAAGAUAAAUGUGUAACUGGUUGCCAGUUACUUUUCGUAGUGGCAAUGUUUUAAAAACAUAUUACCUAUUCAGAUUCUAACCAAAUACUAGAAUUUUGUUCGUAUUCUGACAUGUACUAGCAACAAAGGUGUCAAAUAUCUAAGUAUGCUUCUGGUGAGGUUCUGCUUAUUCCUGAUUCAGAACAAUUUGACCUAAUUACUGGUUUAUUCUUCGGUUUAUUAAUGUACGUAUAAUUUAUUUUAAAUUGCAGUGUAUUGAAGAUUCAAUCCUUUUUUUCCAGGCCGUUUGUUAUCUGCUCUCUUUCUUUGGAAUAAGUAUUAUUGCUUUUAUGAAAAUGUACUAUUUCAUUUAAUGACCUGUUGAUAUCUGCUUCAAUGUUCAUUUCAUAAUGGUAGACGUCAUGUUAAAGUGGUAGAGCACCUUGAACUGAAGCUUUUUCAGGAUCUUCUUUAAAACCUCAUAAUUACUGAGGAAAUUUUGUUGUUUUCUGAUUGUUUUUUUUUCUUCCUAACUGUUAAGCACCAUUCCAACAAAACAAUAGAGAAGAAUACUUUGCUGUAUUUAUUUAUUUAUUACUCGACUACAGCAAUGUUACCUGCUAUUAACACAAUAGUCUUUUAGUUUUGGUGUUGUUUUUGUUUGUUUCUUUGUUUUUUUACUUUGGCUUUCCUGACAUCUUUUGUGCGGUUAGCGUGUUUACCUUGUUGGGAAAGAGGACACUUUUCUCUACCAUCUCAAUCAUUGUCCCAUUAUAUUUGGAUUUUAAAUAUGUACUGAAACAGACUGAGGAAUAGCUGUUUCAGUCACUAUAGUAAAAAUGCAGUAGUGUGUGUUUUCCUUCCUCUUGCUCACUAAAGUAUCAUAUUGCUGUGUUCACAAGUGGCCUACCAUAAGGGCCAGAGGGGCAAGGUUGUUUAGUUUUGUCGAAUGUAUCAAGUUUUUCUCAAAUAAUGUUAUGGCUGGAAAAGCAAAAUGCAAGGGUCAGAAGUUGAAUUUGUACUUUAUCAUUGAAACCAGUGGUAGAACACAAUAGUAGCUUGAACUUAUUUUCCUGCUUUACUGACUUUCUGGAAAAUGUAUAGAACUCAGUAUAAAACUGUACUCAACAUCCAUCAAACUCUGAUGGCUUCUUGGUCUUAACCAUUCACUAUGUUAUAUGUUUCCUUCAAUUUGUACUCAUUCUUGUUUAUUAACUUUUUUUCAUUGCACAAAAUAGGGGUGGGGGGAGCACUCGUAUGAUGCAGUGUCAUGCUUGCAUUCAUAACUCUUAUUUGUUUCCUUAAGAAAAAAGAAAAGAGAGAAAAAAGGACUAGCAUAAAUUUAACAAGAAUGUCCCUGAAUAUGUUUUUUUAAUAUAGGUCUGGGCUUGAUAGCUUUCUUCUUUUCGGAUGAAUUUAGAACAUGUUUAAAAUAUGUCUCUCUGCUCAGGGAUUUAUGGUGGAUUAUUGCAGACAGUGCUAAAAAAUUAAAGAGCACAAAACAAGUUUACUAAAUUAAAAUUUUAUUUUUUGAAAAACUGUUAUUUGUAUAAAUUAUCAGAUUUGUAGGCUUUCCUUUUUGUAGAAAUAAUUGUUUAUGUGCCAGAUAAGAGAAUUUCAAUUUUGUUUUCAAUAAUAAAGCAUUGAUAACUAA